GAUUUUUAAUGAAUUAUUUUUGAGAAAGUGUCAAACUGUGGUUUUUAGACGAGCUCGCUCAAUAUCUGCUCGUAUUCUUUCUUUUUUGUUUGGCUCCUACAUCUGAAUUGGAUGGACGAGUGGCCUUCAAACAUCAUUCCCAGCGCCGGCGAUAUGCAAUAUGAUAAGAGAACCAAUCGGGGAAUUCAUUUUGAGUGAAGCUGAAUUGCUUCGCAGAUCAUGCCAAGAAUUGAAUCAGCCUCUCAAUCAGCAGCAAUGCGGCAAACUCUGCAGCUGAAGCUCUAAAUCUUUCUGUGUAGCGGGAGGUAGCGAGCUCAUCUGCCCGCAUAUUUUCAUCUUUAUCCCAUUGUCCCAAGGUACUAUGUUUCUUCCCAAAAGACUUCAACUUUCAUUUAUAUUCAGCUGAAUCUUGGCCCAAGAUAAUCACUAGGCUUGAAUUCUCAUCAAACUGGUUAUGACCCAUUUGCACAAAUUAAGAACAGCAUCUGUUCUCAAAUGGGUUUCUUCAAAUUUUGAUGAAAACCACCUUAGAUCAGCAAGAACCCCAAUUCAGCCAAUUGGAUCUUUCCCCAAUGGCCAAGCCCUUAGGUUUUACAAAACUAAAAGGUCUCCUGUAACUGAAAGUUGUGAAAACGUGGAUAGAACUUCGACUGGUAAUGGCAAAAUUUCUGGUCGAAUUUCUCGUGCUGUCAAAAAAGAAGCACAAGCUGCAUUAUUGGAUUAUUUGUAUUGUACUAGAAGCUUACAGUUUCUGGAUGCAGAGAAUAUGAGUAAAAACUCUCCACAUUUUCUCAAGAAGCUUAUAGAAAGUGCGGAUAAUGAAAAGAAAAUUGGGCAGACGAUUGCCCGGUUCUUGCGCUACCACCCUAUUAAUGAAUUUGAACCUUUCUUUGAGAGCUUGGGUUUGAAACCUCCCGAGUAUGUUCCUCUUCUUCCUCAAAAAUUGAUAUUUUUGAUCGAUGACAAUUUGCUGCUUCAUAAUUAUGGUGUUUUAUGUCAUUACGGGAUUGCACGUAAUAAGAUAGGAAAGAUUUAUACGGAAGCCACUGAAGUCUUUCAAUACAAUGUUGGGGUUUUGUUAUCAAAGCUUCAAGCUUAUGAAGAACUAGGUCUCAGCCAAUCAGCUUUGAUUAAGUUUGUUGUUGCUAGUCCUUAUCUUUUAAUUGGGGAUGCAAAUGCUUCAUUUUUAAAUUUAUUGGGAAAACUUAAGAGUCUUGGAUUCGAAAUCAGUUGGAUUCAGAGGAACUUAUCGGAAAAAAAUUCUUAUAAUUGGAGCCGGAUGCUUGAAGUUCUAAGUUUUCUUAGUAAGAUGGGUUGCAGCGACAGACGGCUGGGUGAAUUAAUUGGCCAGCACCCAGAUAUUUUAUUUGAGGCUUCAGGGGAAAGGACAUUUUCAAUAAUUGGGUUCUUGCUGAAGUUUGGAUUCAGAAUGAGCCAGGUAUCUUCACUGUUUCUGCAGUUUCCCCGAAUUGAAGUUAUGAAAUUUGGUUUGAAUUUGAGGAAAUGUUUCUUUUUCCUGAAUGAGAUCGGAAUGGAGGUUGCAGGGAUUGGGAAGAUCAUCCGUUCUCACCCCCUGCUACUGGGUUCGUGUGCUUUGAAGAAAACUAACACCUUACUUCUUCACUUAAACAUUGGGAAGAAGAGCUUGUGUAGAUACAUCCAGGAGAACCCGCAAGAAUUGAAGCACUGGGUUUUGGGCAGAAGACUUAGGCCAUUAGACUGGGGAAACAACCUUAGAUCAAAGACAGAGAAGGCUAAAUUCUUGUUAGACAUAGGAGUUGUGGAGAACUCAAACAAAAUGAAAGAAGCUCUAAACGAAUUUCAAGGCAACGGAUUUGAGCUUCAGGAAAGAUUUGAUUGUAUUGUGGAAGCUGGUUUCGAUCCUGAGGAAGUCUGCCAAAUGGUUAAAGUAUCACCUCGAAUUCUUAGCCAGUCAAAGGAUGUUAUUGAAAUGAAGAUUAAUUUUCUUGUAAAUCAUUUGUGUUAUCCCUUAUCAACUUUACUCAUCUUCCCAAAAUAUCUUACCUAUGGAACUAAAAGGGUCCAGCAUAGGGUACUUAUGUACAAUUGGCUCAAAGAUCAUGGAACAGAUCCUACGUAUGCCUUGAGCACUGUUGUUUCUUGCUCAGAUAUAUAUUUUCUGAGGAAGUUUGUUAAUCAUCAUCCUAGUGGUCCUCAAGUUUGGGAGGAUUUGAAGAGAAAAAUUUAUUCAAAGCAAUAAAAUGUUCAUUGAUUCUCCUGAA